ACCUAAAGUAAAAUUAUCCUAAUCAUCUUAAUCAUUGCAUUGCCUCACUUGAGGUCAGCACUUAAUGAGAGUCGUCCAAACUUAACGGAGAAAACCACGAGAAGGGUGUGUAUGUUUUAUGCUAGUUAGCUAAAUUAUAAAGGGUAAUUUAACAAUGACAUCAUCCUCCCCUACGAGGCAGCUCUUCGAGCUCUGUGUUGGAGCAAUAUCAACAAUCCAAAGCGAAUGCAGCUCGACACUAUCCGUGAAAGAUCCAUCCAAUGAAUCGUUUCCAACAGGAUUGGCAGGGUGUGGCCCUGCUUUGGUUGAUCUACUGUCUCGACAGGCGACUCGGAUCAGUAUUUACUAUCAAGAAUUGAAGCCCGCAGACAUAAGCACAGCUCAGAGUCCACCAGAAGAGCAAAAGUUAUCGUUGGAGCGAUUAUCUGAUCUUGUUUCAAUUUCUUACUCCAAGUUCUACGCAUUUCUUUUCAAAGACCUCCCAGUUUGCUGGCGGCAACUCUAUACUGACGCCAGCAUCUUGAAAUUCUGUCUUAUCCUCCUUUGGACCCCUUGCAUCUAUGAUCAUGCCGUAGAAGGUAUUAAGACUUCUCGUGGCCGGGUAGAUAGGGCAGGCCGUCAGAUUACUCAACUCGUCAAACUUCUCGAUUUUGCAUUAAUUCUCGCUGGGGCCGCUGGUGAACAGAGAGGCAGGAAAUGGAUUGAUAAAGCUAUUGGGCUACUCCAAGAGGUCUGGAACGAAUUGGGUAUCGAUACAGGUGCGCCGGACGAACUCAAUGUUAUAUUCUCGACGACCGAACCAUUCACGCCACUUGUGAAUCGUCCCAUCCAAUGUACCGAUUCUCUAUCCAUCGAGGCAUUCCAGGCAUAUAUGGACAACCCCCGAGAUUCGAAGUUAGGACCGAAGCCACUUAUCAUACGUGGCGUUAUUGACGAUUGGCCAGCUCUAACUAAUAACCCCUGGAACAAGCCAUCGUAUCUACUGUCACAAACCUUUGGAGGUCGUAGGCUUGUGCCGAUUGAGAUUGGCCGUAGUUAUGUUGACGAAGGCUGGGGUCAGAAACUUAUCACUUUCGGUGAGUUCUUACGCGGAUAUAUUGAUCCCUCCCUUCCUGCAGUCCAGGACAGCUCCAUCCGUGACACUAUUUCCGCUUCGUCACAAAGGAGGCCAAUUGCAUACUUAGCCCAGCAUCCUUUAUUCACUCAACUUCCCGGUUUAAGAAACGAUAUCCUCAUCCCGGAUUAUUGCUAUACCGCACCGCCUCCGCAUCCAACAGAUCCCAGCAUUGACCAGCCGGAACUUGAUGAGCCGCUUCUUAAUGCCUGGUUUGGACCUCCAGGUACUAUUACGCCAUUGCACACUGAUCCAUAUCAUAAUGUAUUAACACAGGUGGUGGGGCGUAAGUAUGUACGGCUCUAUUCACCCUUAAAUACGGAACGUAUGAAAGCACGAGGGAAAGAGAACGGUGUCGAGAUGGGAAAUACAAGCUUAAUGGACGUUGGAGUCGUCGAGGGGUGGGAUGAAAUACCCGACGAUGAGGAAGACGGACUUAGCGAGGAGGACCUCGCUAGUUUUAAAGAGAUACCAUUUCUGGACUGUAUCCUUGAACCCGGCGAUGCCCUCUAUAUCCCCGUCGGGUGGUGGCAUUAUGUUCGCGGAUUAAGCGUAAGCUUUAGCGUGAGUUUUUGGUGGAAUUAGUAUGAGAUGGACUUCCUACGUGUUAUUAGUUAAUCUUGAGACUUGAGUGCUGUGUCUUCAAACAUUAAGUGGAAGUGUAGGUAUUAAGUGGAAGUGUAGGUAUUUAGGGAAAGUGUAUUUAAAAUGGAAGACUGCUUAGUCAUAAUUUUAGUGCAAGUAAACCCAUAUUAUUCUCUUAUCGAAAAGAUUUAUGAAUAAUUAUAAGUUUACCGUCAAAUAUCAGGCAUCUAUACCCACA